AAAACAACAUUGAGUAAUGUAUGUCAGUUUUUCAUUAAUCGCUGCGUAAGAAUCGAGUGUGAAAUAAAUAAAUAUUAAAUUUAUUAUUGUGUAAACUCCAAUAUUGUUAACAGAAGCUUCAUCUAAAAGGUUUUCUGCCAUCUAUUGAAAUUCCAUAUAACUUCAGCCUAUAUUGAAGGCACAAAUCGGCACCAGUACCGAUGCUGUAAGGCGCAGACGGUUAAAUAAACAGCCGCCAUGUCGUCUGUGAAGGUGGCGGUUCGGGUCCGCCCCUUCAACUCGCGGGAGAUCGCGAGGGAGAGCAAAUGUAUUAUAGAGAUGUCCGGCAAUACCACAGUAAUCGUGAAUCCAAAGGUUCCACCGGGCUCCAAGGAGAGUGCAAAAAGUUUCAACUUUGAUUUCUCAUAUUGGUCGCAUAACCCAAGUGAUUCCGACUUCUCCUCCCAAGUGAUGGUAUACAAGGAUAUUGGGGAAGAGAUGCUGCAGCAUUCUUUUGAUGGAUACAAUAUAUGCAUAUUCGCAUACGGCCAGACGGGGGCAGGGAAGUCGUACACAAUGAUGGGUCGUGGUGAGGACGGGCAAGAGGGUAUUAUCCCUCAGAUAUGCAAAGAUCUCUUCCGGCGAAUAAAGCAGACUACGUCAGAGGACCUCACUUAUUCGGUGGAGGUCUCAUACAUGGAGAUAUACUGUGAGCGGGUACGCGAUCUAUUGAACCCGAAAAACAAAGGGAACCUCCGGGUUCGUGAGCACCCAGCACUGGGGCCCUAUGUAGAAGAUCUCAGCAAAUUAGCUGUCAUGUCUUACCAAGAUAUUUAUGACCUCAUCGAUGAAGGAAAUAAGGCCAGAACUGUGGCCGCUACAAACAUGAACGAGACGUCGUCCCGAUCUCAUGCAGUAUUCACAAUAUUCUUCACGCAACAGCGAUACGAUAAAACCACUAAUUUGGUUUCUGAGAAGGUGUCGAAAAUAUCUCUGGUGGAUUUGGCUGGUUCGGAACGAGCUGAUUCUACGGGAGCAAAAGGGACAAGGCUCAAAGAAGGCGCGAAUAUUAACAAGUCCCUUACUACGCUGGGGAAAGUUAUAUCCGCUCUUGCUGAAAUUUCGGCGUCCAAGAGCAAAAAAUCAAAGAAAGCCGACUUCAUACCGUACCGUGACUCGGUCCUGACUUGGUUGCUUCGUGAAAAUCUUGGUGGAAACUCCAAGACGGCCAUGAUUGCCGCCAUUUCGCCAGCUGACAUCAACUAUGAUGAAACUUUGAGUACACUCAGAUAUGCCGAUCGCGCCAAGCAAAUUGUCUGCAAAGCCGUGGUCAACGAAGACGCGAACGCGAAACUCAUUCGAGAGCUCAAAGAAGAGAUAUUCAAACUCCGGGAACUGCUCAAGGCGGAAGGCAUCGACGUUGAGGAAGGACCUGACGGUAGAGUCGUUUAUGAAAAGAAAGAGACCAGGGAACCUUCUCCGAUGCGCAAAAAGAAUGAGGAAGAAGUGCUAUCGCCGAAGCUUUCCCGUGCAGCAACAACGAUUGCAGAGGAGGCGGUCGAUCAACUGCAGGCCUCUGAGAAACUUAUUGCUGAACUAAAUGAAACAUGGGAGGAGAAACUCAAACGUACCGAGCAAAUUCGGGUCCAACGCGAAGCUGUGUUCGCUGAAAUGGGUCUCGCUGUCAAGGAAGGCAUUACUGUUGGUGUUUAUUCGCCCAAGAAGACACCACAUUUGGUGAAUUUGAAUGAGGAUCCGAAUUUGUCGGAGUGUCUCAUUUACUAUAUCAAAGACGGUUUAACCCGUGUGGGAACAGCCGAAGCGAAUGUACCACAGGAUAUACAAUUAUCCGGAUCUCAUAUUGUCAGUGAACAUUGUAUUUUCGAGAACACAGAUGGCGUUAUCUGUCUUAUACCGCAUCGUGGGGCUCUUGUCUAUGUGAAUGGAAGAGAGGUGACAGAACCCAUAAUACUAAAGACCGGUUCCCGAGUAAUUCUGGGAAAGAACCACGUAUUCCGCUUCACUGAUCCGAGUCAACCCCGGGAGGAACCGGUUAGCAACAAAAAACUUGCUGAUACACCCGGAGUUGUUGAGAAAGACAGUGACACCACUGAAAAUCAAAAUGUGGAUUGGGACUUCGCCCAGUGUGAGUUGCUUGAAAAGCAAGGCAUUGAUUUGAAGCAAGAGAUGCAGAAGAGGUUAUGUGCGUUGGAAGAACAAUUCCGUAAGGAGAAAGAACAUGCUGACCAGCAGUUUGAGGAGCAGAGAAAGAACUACGAAGCCCGUAUAGAUGCUCUUCAGCGUCAAGUGGAAGAACAAAGCGUCACCAUGUCAAUGUACAGCUCGUACACGCCCGAAGAUUUCCAUAAUGAUGAAGAUAUAUUUGUGAACCCAUUAUUCGAGACAGAGUGCUGGUCGGCUCGCGAGGUGGGUCUGGCUGCGUGGGCCUUCCGCAAGUGGAAGUAUCACCAGUUCACUUCGCUACGCGACGAUCUUUGGGGCAACGCUAUCUUCCUAAAGGAAGCGAACGCGAUAUCGGUAGAAUUACGCAAGAAAGUUCAAUUCCAAUUUACGCUUCUCACCGAUACACCAUUUUCUCCCUUACCCGCGGAGUUGGCACCGCGCGAUGACGCCGAUGACGAAUAUCGCCCGAGUGCUCCAACUGUGGUGGCCGUGGAAGUUACUGACACCAAAAAUGGCGCAACGCACUAUUGGACAUUGGAGAAACUGCGACGUCGUCUGGAGCUAAUGCGUCAAAUAUACAACAUGAACGAGUCGGCAUGUUCUGAAGAUGACGAGCCUACACCGACGAUUCGUCCGCCGUCGCCCCCCAUACAAGCGAAACAAGACGAUCUAUUGCAGUGCAUUUCCGCGUGCGCGCAACAGACCAGACUGUCACUAGCCAACCUGUUACCUUCGAGACAACGGUUGGAGCUUAUGCGUGAGAUGUACCACAACGAGGCGGAGCUCUCUCCAACUUCGCCAGAUCACAAUAUCGAAUCAGUGACCGGCGGAGAUCCAUUUUACGAUCGAUUCCCCUGGUUCCGUCUUGUUGGACGGAGCUUUGUAUACCUCUCGAACCUCCUGUAUCCGGUUCCGCUCAUUCACAAGGUCGCGAUCGUGAACGAGAAGGGAGACGUGAAGGGCUACCUCAGGGUAGCCGUGCAGGCGGUAGUCGACGCCGAAAAAAAUAACGCAGAUUUCGUAGCGGGAGUCAAACAGUCCGCUAAGAUCUCAUUCGAUGACGACAUCGUGCCCACUCGGUCACGAUUGAAGACUUUGUCAACCAUAGAGAAGAACAACGCGAUUAAUUUAGAAGAUAGACCUGACCAGGACUCCAACAUUAAGAUUGAAGAACUAGCAGCUGCCGAGUGUGAUGCAGACAGUGGACGCGGAGACAGUUCUCUCGCGUCUGAACUGAAGGAUGACGAGCUUCCAGAGCACUUGACCCCGGGCAAGGAGUUCACCUUCCGAGUGACAGUACUUCAGGCCCACAGCGUGUCCACAGAUUAUGCUGAUGUCUUCUGUCAGUUUAACUUCUUGCAUCGAAAUGAAGACGCCUUUUCAACGGAACCAGUCAAAAAUGCCGGCAAGAACACGCCUCUUGGUUUCUACCACGUACAAAAUAUCACCGUUCCAGUAACGAAAUCGUUCGUUGAAUAUAUUAAAACCCAACCGAUUGUCUUCGAAGUUUUUGGUCAUUAUCAACAACAUCCUUUACAUAAGGAUGCCAAGCAGGACGGCCCAGUGGCGGGUCGUACGCCCCCCCGGCGAAUGUUGCCACCCUCCAUCCCGAUAUCGGCCCCCGUGAGGAGCCCUAAAUGGGGGGCAGCCAGUGUGGCGCCCCCUUGCUGCUCCUCGCACCUGCACUCCAAGCAUGACUUAUUGGUCUGGUUCGAGAUCUGCGAACUGGCGCCCAGUGGGGAAUACGUUCCUGCUGUAUUCGAACAUAGCGACGAUCUCCCAUGCCGUGGGCUGUUCCUCCUCCAUCAGGGUAUUCAACGUCGUAUCCGCAUCACAAUUCUCCAUGAGCCGUCGUCAGACCUUCAGUGGACUGAUGUCAGGGAGCUUGUUGUUGGUCGCAUACGCAAUAGUCCUGAGGCGAACGAGGACACGUCAGAUGGUGAUGAAGAUGGAGCCCUCUCCCUAGGCUUAUUCCCAGGGGAACGACCCAACUUAGACGAUCGAGCCGUAUUUAGGUUUGAAGCGGCAUGGGACAGCAGUCUUCACGGGUCCCCAUUGCUCAACCGAGUUAGCGCCAACGGAGAAGUUGUCUAUAUAACACUGAGUGCUUAUCUAGAGAUCGAAAACUGCGGUCGUCCAGCGAUAGUGACCAAAGACCUCUCGGUGGUUGUCGUGGGUCGUGAAGCUCGCACGGGUCGUUCGUUGCGACGUGCGUUGUUCGGAUCCAAGAUGGCGCGGGCUGAUAGACUUACGGGCGUCUACGAACUUAGCCUGCAUCGAGCUCUUGAACCAGGCGUACAACGCAGACAGAGACGCGUACUGGACACGAGCGGCACGUACGUGCGCGGAGAAGAAAACCUACACGGGUGGCGACCUCGUGGAGACUCUCUCAUAUUCGACCAUCAGAAACGCAUUUGGCGCAAAGUGAUGUAUGAUUGGCCCCUCAACGUUAUCGAUAGAUUUCAGUGGGAGUUAGAGAAAAUGACUCGGCUCGAACAGGUGGGACGUACAAGACACUUGCUGGCUCUGCGUGAACGUCUGAGGCAUGGGCAUGAGAAUACUGUAGCUCCAAACGACUUUACUAAGACAGAAAAGGAGGUAUGCAACAUGGCGGCAAAGGCAGCGUCUGAGUGCGCACACACACGUGAUGAGUCACUCUAUGAGCCAUGGGAAAUGUCACCAAAGGAGAAGGAACUAACCACUAAAUACAUCAAAUUGAUACAAGGACGGAUAGGCACAAACGCGAACAAAGAAGUGGAAACAGCAGUUUCGCCUGCGACUCCGGUCGACGAAGGCGUGUCUGCGGAUAUUUCCACCCCAAGUCUUCUUUCUUCUAUUCACAGUGCUAGCAGUUUUGAGCUCUGCUCUCCCGAGCGCGCUCUUCUCGAGAAAUCCAUAUCGGGCUGGGGCUGCGGCGUAGGUGCGCCCAUGGGCCCUAUGUCCGUCUCGGGAGUGGGUGGCGCCCUCUACGUCCCCGAGUGCGAGGAAGUGCGCGUGUCGGCCGCAGUGGCUCGACGCGGCUACCUUAACGUGCUGCAACACGGCACGCACGGCUGGAAGAAACGGUGGCUGGUGGUUAGGCGGCCGUACGUAUUCAUGUACCGUGACGAACGCGAUCCCAUUGAACGUGCGCUUAUCAACCUCGCGAACGCGCACGUUGAGUACUCGGAAGACCAGGAACAAAUGGUCCGCAUGCCUAAUACAUUCAGUGUGGUGAGCAAGGAGCGUGGCUACCUUCUCCAGACCUUGGGUGAUAAAGAGGUUCACGACUGGCUGUACGCCAUCAACCCAUUACUGGCUGGACAAAUCAGGUGUGCGCGCACAGGUCGCGUUCGGCCCGGCGCACUACUGGGGAAAAGGGGUCACCUAACAAAGCCUCACCCGAGAAAGGACAGCUUGCAGCAUGAGACCUCACAAUGGAGUCUAUACUCGUUUAUUAAAGGCGUUGCCGACGGAAGAAUAGCGCACAGACCGCUCAGAGCCGUGCGCUCCGCCAGAUAUUGAAACCGGCCUAUGAGUUCCACUUACGUCCCACUUGAUAGGGUUUAUGAAAGAAUUGUGUCGGCACAUUGCGUUAAAGAGCGAGAGAACUGUUACUGGUAAUUGAUACGGCCGCGGUUACAAGAAAUACAAAUAUAAUAUUAUUUCCAUCAUAAUACAAAUUUGCUAAAUUAUAGUUCUGACUGACUCCCGAGAGCAGUUACUUUAGAAGAAAAUAGUAAAGUUUUUUUCAUUUAAAAAAGGUCAACUGAAUAAUAAUGGAUUUAAAACUGAAAUUAUGGAUUUGUGUUCUUUGUAACCGCUUGACACAAUUGAACACCAUGUAAACUGGUGUUUCCUGUGUCAAAAUACCUAUUGUUAGAAUCUAAUACGUGCAGAGUAGUGAUGCUUUUAUGGAGAAAAGCAUCAUAAACUUUGAAAAAAGGAACUCUCCAAAAUGGAAAACUCGUGGGACGAAAGUGGAUAGAAAAAUUCCGUGACUGGUUUGGUAGAAAAGAAUUUACCAAAAAUUAUUUGCUUACUUUAGUAAGAUAUUUUCCAAAGACUUUCUAAUCCGAAAUUCUAUAUAUAUAAUUAAAUUAGUUCCAUAUCCUUCGGUGUUAUAUUUUUUCAGUAUUAAUUUAGCAUUUAAUGCGACGGUUCUAUACGUAAUUAUAGAUUUUAUAUUUUCGACUUGCUAUGGACAAGUGUGAGUUGGGACCAAACCGGUGCACAGACGAGAGCUAUUUACAGAUUGUGGAGAACAAUAAUGUUUGUAUAUGGUAACAUUUGGCUGGCUUUAAUAUCUGCGGGACGCACAUUGUUUUGUAAUCUUUGAAUUGUAUUUGUAAUCGAUUUUUGACAAAUUGUUAGCGUUAUUGUCUUUGCAUCGAUGUCAUUUUCUUGCCAAAUUUUUAGAACUAUAUCGUGAGGUUAGUAUUGGUUUUGAGGUUAUAUGGAUAUCAUUGUGAUAGUUGCCAUGAAUAAAUAAUUUUAUAUUAUUAUCAAUAUAUAGACAAUUGUCUAACUUAACGCUUAGUUGACUCGACCGAGUCGAAUUAUUAUCUGUGGUAGCUGUAGUUGUUAGCUAUGCAAAGACUCUAACUACACAACAAAUAAAUAUAACGUGCAUAUGGUCUAAUGCUGCGCACAAAAAUAAUCGGCGAAUUCGAGUGGACUCCAUAAGUGAGGCGACUUACACGAAAACGACAUGUUAAAGGAAGUAUCUAGAUUUUCUUCUAAUGUUUCAUAAUUUAUUAAUAACUUAUCUUGUAUAUACGUAUGACCGAAUGCUAGUGGUUUAAGUAUGAGGCUCAAGGCCGAAUCAAGAUGGCGGUUGUCCGUAACGUCAUACGUAACAUUUUGUUUUAUUGUCGUAGAAUGUGCUAGCCUUGCGAUAGUGGGGAUUAUUACCAUUAUAAACAACAAAAUCUGUAGAUGUAGACUUCAAAUACCGAUCUUAUGAUCUGCUUAAGAAUCAAAGAAGUUAAUGAUGAAUGGAGAAUGUUGGACGUGAGGCUAGCACAUUUCGCAAUACAGUCCAUAAACAUCCCCGUUGUUUCAUACAACACUAGUAUUGAUUGUAAAUACAUUAUUAUUAUAAUAUUUAUAGUUAAUGUAGUAUAUGCGUUCCAGAUUAUUUACCCUUUAUGUGUCCAAUUUUAUUUAAGAAUUAUUUAUUAUCACGAUUGAAUUUGAUUGUAUAAAGUAGGUUAAUGUUAUGGUAGGAAUGGUUUUGCAAGUUCAUUUCGGAAGUGUCCAACGUCACAAAUCGUUUGGGAAUAUUCUAGUCAUACGCGGCGUAGGAUUUUGCGUGAUAGGGUAGUUCAAACAAAUAUGCUGUGCAUACAAUCACGACGUAGUUUGUUAAUAAUUCUCGGUGUUAUUUUCUCAUAGAUCUACUACUCUCGCCCUUUCGUUGUAUCAUCGUAGGUAGAUAAAUGUGACGGUAGUUGUUCAUUUCUCGAAUGUCCAGUUUUAAUCUUGUUAAAGCUUCGAUGAAUGUUGAGUCACUGUCCUAUUGCUUCUAGGUGACUUUCGAUAUUAUAAAAUUAUUGAGCGUAAUUUAAGAUCUUGAAAUUUUAAAGCUUAAGUGAAUUUUGGUCGUUGUAAAUAAGUCUAAACAGUUUGUUUCUGUCACAGUAAUACGAUUGCUUUUUAACUUGACUUAAACCGAAGGGAAUUAUCAAUACCACGUUUUUUUGCUACCAAUCUGAUCACAGGCUUGCACACUGACGUAGAAUCAUUGACACUAUCCAGUUAAUUAAGAUUAAAAUAGGGAUGUCAUACCAACUGCAGGCACUGGUCAGGAGGAGUAGGCCCGUGCCUUGCAGGGUGAGCAUAGCUAAUAAUAGUUUUAAGAUCAAAAGUAUUAUCCAAAUUAGGCAUGCUAUGUGUUAUUUCUGAAAUUACAGUAUACUCUUAGUGUUGGAUACUUGCUGAUCUGUUUGUUGAGACAUAUCGUCAACUAUUUCGAAUAUUUAAACUGAUGCUUGAAAUUCUCUUACCGUAGCCAUCUCUGCAUUAGAUUUGAUGGUAUGUCUCGUUAUACAUUGCGUUCAAUUGUUAUUUAUUUAGCAAUCUUUUGUACCUCACAUAUAUUAUGGAUCUCAAUAAAAAUAAUUGUUUAAUGCGUU